AGUGUGUUCAACGGAGCUUUCCGCAGCAAGACCCACCCAGGGCAGACUUGCACGGAUAGAUUUCAUACACAUUAUUACGAUUUAAAACCUAAGAAAAAUUGUAAUUUUUACCUUACGUUAAAACAAACAAAAUACAUAAAUACAGACCGCUGAAAGUUAUUUUCCUCGCCAGAAUAAUCGUUGUUGGAUAACUUUUAAUAUCAUUCGUACUUUGUGUUAUUCACCGCUAACGUUGUUAUUGAAUUAUUGUUGGUAGCUGCAAAAAUGUUGAAACAUAUUAUUGUGUUAGCUUUAUAUUUGAUGGCUUAUAUUAUUGGAAAUAUAGAUGCAGAACACGAACAACAUCGUUUAAAUCAAUUCAAUAAAUUUAUCCACUGCUAUGAGAAUAUGUUUGUAAAUGAAAUUAUAAAAGGAAAUAAAGUCAGUCAAGAUGCAAAUUCAUCAGGGGGAGCUGUUGCAUUUCAAGACAUAUUGAGGGCUUUAUAUGUUAAAAAGGAGUACUCAUUUAACCCUGUAAGGGGUAAAUAUCUUCUACCAUUGGACAGUGAUCACUUUAAAAAUAAUCAAAAACUUAAUUAUUUAAAAGAAUUAAUCACCCUUGAAUUCAAACAGAUUUCGGACGAAGAGUUAACAAAAAAAAUGAAUGAAUUGGCUCCGAAAACUCAAUAUAACGAUAGUUCUCUACUGACUCCGUUUAUUUUUUAUUUUGCGGCUAACAGUAAAGAAGAUAUCUUUAAAAGUGCGUCAUCGUAUUGUAAUGCUUACAGUUUCUUUUGAAGCACCUUGUACCUUAUAUAUAAGCAAGUAAACUAUCAAUUGCUACUAUAAUAUUAUGUAUUUAUUAGUCCAUAAUUAAAAAAACUAAAUUAAAUAAACUGUUAUUUUAUUUUAUUUUUUAGAUAAACAUACAGCUUCAUAUGAAUAUUGUACUAAUUAAAUUAUAUUCACAUGUUACACUAUUAAAUAAAUUAUAUUGUUGUAUAACUUAACUACACAAUAAUGAUCUAAAUGUACUUAUUAUAAAAAUAAAUAUAAAAUAGAGAAUAUAAUGUAAUAUGAAUUUAUUAAUUUAUUUGUUUCUUUAAAUGUCUUUAUAAAU